AUCCUUUGCGCUGACUCUGAGCUUUCCAGACUAUGGAGAAGAUCUUGACCCAUAAACUCUUUUCUAUGUCACCUUUGACAAUUGCACGCUGGAGAAUGUCGUAGCACAAGGACAAUCAUCUUAAGGGACAAUCUGUGCAACACCGGAAGGCACGCACGGCAAGGGGUUUGUCGUCUCAUCGCGUUUACUGGGCGGGAGCGGUGCAACCCUAGCCGCUGCUCUCGCCCUGCCCAGUACCCUUGCGUCUGAGAUGGAUUUCGACUUGGAGAAAGAGCUCAAGGUCCGCAGGCGGAUACUCGCCAUAUACAACAAGGAGCGAGAGGACUUUAGCAGCAAGGAGGAGUUCGAUGACUACUUGGAAGAAGUAGAGGACAUCAUUUGGCGGCUGAGUAACAAUGUGGACAUAGAUCGCACCGAGGCCCAAGUGCGCAAGUACCGCCACCAGAACCAGGAGCAGAUCAACCGACAGGCCAACAAGGGCGCAGCGCUGCUCUCGGAGCCGCCAGCAGCAGCAGCGGGAGGCCUGCAGCCGCCCCCCAAGGCAGCUGCACCGCCGCCCAUGACCGGCGGUCUGCCCCUCAUCCUGCCCAAGCUGGUGCAGGAGGGGUCCGGGCUGCUGGACGCAGGGCGGGAUAUCCUUUACGACCGGCGUACACUGGACAAGGCGGGCCCCGGGGCGGCGGCGGCGGGAGGCUGGUCGGCGGGCGUGUGGCAGGCGCGACUGUCCCAAGAGGCGUUCAGCUCGCUGCUGCUGCCGCCCGCAGCGCGACUGGUGGAGGGGCUGGGCGGAUGACAGCGCCCCGGGGGGGGGGCGGUCGCUUGCGGUUGGGGGUCAAAGACCAUACCAUAGGAGCCCACGAUGGGGAAAAUUAUAGAUAAUUGCAACAACGCAGUCCCAAUCCCCAACUGUGGGGGGGUCCUGCUGCGGACAUGCAUGCAUGCGUGGGCGGCAGGCGGGCUUGAGAGGGGGUGUACUCUCAGCGUACGACAUGGGGGGCCUCGCUCCUUGUACGGUGGUGUGCAGGUGUUGUCGGGUUCGUUGUUGGUUGCAUGCGAGGGCUGCGGUGGCGGGAGGACUGCGCUGAAGCGUGUAUAGGUGUGAAUGGUCGAUGGCAGGAUGGGGCUGUGCCGUAUAUGCGUUAUAUGUUUGUCCUCAGCAUGAGCGGGUGAGAGGAUGCGAGUCGAUGAUGAUGCCGCCGGGGCGCACAUGCUUGCUUGUUUGCAAGGGAUACGUUGAUUGACGAGUAGACGGGCAGGACGUGGCAACGAUGGUGGUAUAGACAGGAGAGGGACGGACACGCGGUAUGUAGGUUGAGGAAGGUGCGCUUGAAGCCAGGAGUGUGUUCAGAAGCUCGGCCACGGCAGCAUGCAGGAAGCAUGCUUGAAGCCAGGAGUGUGUUCAGAAGCUCGGCCACGGCAGCAUGCAGGAAGCAUGUGGCAAGAGAAUGUCCGUCACGUGUGUCCGUUGCCUGCCCGCCACAAUUGCGGCUGACGGUUGGUACACAGUAGUAGUGGUGAGGACGGAGGUGUUACGCGGUGGCGGCGGCGGUAGACGACGCAGCUUUUAGCAGCGCGGUCAUUCAGUGCUGUAUGGGAGG